AUGUUGGAAGCUCGUCUCCGUGAGGCUGUCCUUCUCAAGAAGGUGCUCGACGCCGUGCGCGAGCUCAUCACCGAUGCCAACUUCGAAUGCUCCGAGGACGGCAUUCGCCUCCAAGCCAUGGACAACUCGCACGUCGCCCUCUCGGCGAUAGAGCUGCGAACCGACUGCUUUGAAGAGUUCCGCUGCGAUCGACCCAUGUCGAUCGGUGUCUCGCUCUCCUCGCUCGGCAAGAUCCUCAAGGGUGCCAACAACGACGACGUGCUCUCGCUCAAGAAGUCUGACGACGGCGACACGCUUCAGAUGACAUUCGAGUCGCCCAAAUCAGACCGUGUCGGCGAAUUCGAGAUGAAGCUCAUGGACAUUGACUCUGAACACCUCGGUAUCCCAGACACGCAGUACGACGCUGUGGUCAAGAUGUCCUCGGGCGAAUUCGGACGCAUCUGCCGCGACCUGGCCAACAUUGGAGAGAGCGUCAAGAUCGAGGUCUCCAAAGAGGGCGUCUCCUUCUCGGCAGAGGGCGAGAUCGGUGCGGCCAGGAUGACGUUGAAGCAGGGCAGUGGCACCGCGGUGCUUGCCGACGACGACGGCGAUGAUGACGACGAGGAUGUCAAGCCUGCCAAGAAGAAGCGCAAGCAGGACGGCGGCAGCAGCUCCAGCGGCGGCCAGGUCCCUGUCAAAAUCGAAAUGCAGCAGGCGGUCAACUUGACCUUCUCGCUCAAGUACCUCAGCAACUUUGCCAAGGCCGCUCCAUUGGCAGACGAGGUGCAGCUCCAUAUGAGCAACGAGGUUCCUCUCCUCUGCGAGUUUGGCUUUGAGAACGGCUAUGUGCGAUUCUACCUCGCUCCCAAGCUGUCCGAGGACGACGACUAG